AGGAAAAAAAAAAGUCCGGCUUUCAUGGCUAAUCAGAUCUCAACCAAAAUAUGUGUAAAAUGUAUGUUUUUUGGUAUUUGUUUUCUAGUUUUCAUUUUCUCCAAGGCGCCACACAUGUUGACCAAUAAGCGCGACUCUGACAUCGGAGAGAAAAGAAACGGCUCGUUCACAUUCAAGAGCAGCUUUGAAGAGCGGCUUCGUUCGCGAACGACCCACGACUGAGCCAGGAGCCCGCGGGAGCCACAAGGACUCCUCUGGAGCAGCAGAGCCCGGCACAAGGGGGGCCGCGACGGACUGCAUGGACUCGGGACUGAAGGCAAGCCUGCGGCGCUAAUUAGGACAACCUGGUGGAGCAAUUAAGUGUUCGGAGCCGAGACGCGCGGUCAGGAGCGCACAAGUCUGUUUAGCUCCCCGGUCACCUCGGCACCAUGAGUUGGAGCUUUCUGACUCGUCUGCUGGAUGAGAUCUCCAACCACUCCACCUUCGUGGGGAAGAUCUGGCUGACGGUGCUCAUCAUCUUCCGCAUCGUGCUGACAGCAGUGGGCGGGGAAACUAUCUACUACGACGAGCAGAGCAAGUUUGUCUGCAACACGCAGCAGCCCGGGUGUGAGAAUGUUUGCUACGACGCCUUUGCGCCGCUCUCACACGUCCGAUUCUGGAUCUUUCAGGUGAUCAUGAUCACUACUCCCACGAUCAUGUACCUGGGCUUCGCCAUGCACAAGAUUGCCCGCAUGGAUGACUCUGACUACCGACCGCUACGUAACCGCAAGAAGAAAAUGCCCAUCAUUAACCGUGGGGCGGUUCGGGACUACGAGGAGGCGGAGGACAAUGGCGAGGAAGACCCCAUGGUCGCAGAAGAGAUCGAAUUGGAGAAGCCAGACAAAGCAGAGAAAACUUCGGGAGAGAAGAAGCACGACGGACGGCGUCGCAUCUUGCGAGACGGCCUCAUGAAAGUCUACAUAUGCCAGCUGGUGUGGCGCUCCGCAUUCGAAGUGAGCUUCCUCUGUGGCCAGUACGUCCUGUACGGCUUCGAGGUGAUCCCCUCGUAUGUGUGCACCCGCUCGCCCUGCCCGCACACCGUGGACUGCUUCGUGUCUCGCCCCACGGAGAAGACCAUCUUCCUGCUGGUCAUGUACGUGGUGUCCUUCCUCUGCCUGGUCCUGACCGUUUUCGAAAUCGUCCACUUGGGCGUCGGCGGCGUCCGCGACACCUUCCGCAGGCGCAGCGCCCUCCGGCCAGGCGUGCUCCCCUCCUCGCAUGCCUUAGCCUCAGCGCCGCCAGAAUAUCACGCCGCCAUGAAAAAGGGAGGAAAAGUCGGGCUGAGGAACUCGCCAGCAGGCGAUUCUGGUAUGGACAGUUUCGGUGACGAGGCCAACUCAUCCCGGGACCUGGAGCGGUUGCGCAGGCACUUGAAGCUGGCCCAGCAGCACCUGGACCAGGCCUACCACACGGAGGAGGGAAACCCCUCCCGCAGCAGCAGUCCGGAGGUCCACACUGCAGCACAAACGCCGGCUGAGCAGAACCGCCUCAAUUUUGCCCAAGAAAAGCACCAAGAGGCGAGCGAAAAAGGAACACAUGCCUGAAGCUGCUUCCUGACCCAAACUUCUGUGCCGCCAUUCCCACUGGCCUUUAUCACACUAGAUUGGGGAACAUCUGGGAAUGCAGUCUGACCACAGAGAGAGA